UUUGGCUUUUAAUAAAUUAUUGUAUUUUUUAUCAAUUAAAAAUGAAAAAUGGUAAAAUCAGUAAUGAUAGUAAUAUAUUUAAGAAAAAAUAAUUUUAAACUAUGACUAUUUUCUAAUUUAAAAAUAAUAAAGUAAAUAUCAGGUGAUAAUCAACAUUUUGAGAACCAAAAACCAAACUAGUAGGGUAUAAUGGGUAUAUAAUAUAUUAUGUUAUUCUUGUAUUACAUCAUAGAAAUGGAUAAUAAUGGUGUGUAUGUUUGUAUCAGUAUUCAGUAUAUUAUAUUUACUUUAUAUUAUUACAAAUAAUACAUAUGAUGCUAGUCAUAUAACGUACAAAUUUUAUUUUUAUAAUUUUGGAAAAUUACUAAAAGUGAUAUCCAAAAACGGCAUUAUAGUAUAAAUUACUUGUAAUUAGUAAUUUGUAAAAUAAGGGCUUAGAGGAAAUAAUUAUUUAGUGCAAAGCAAGAACAAUUUUUUUUUAUUGUUUUAAUUGUUGUAGUUUUUUACCAUUAUCAUCUGCAUGCAGAUCAUUAAUCAUCAAUGUUGUAUUACUAAAAGUCAAGAUAUUAACAUUUGUUAUAAUAAAUAUGUCUACUAUACUUAUUAAAUAAAAUUAAGACAAACAUAAGUAUAAGUACCUAAUGAAGUAUAACAUAUUUGUCUGAUUAUAUUCCAAUAUACCUUUUGGGAAUUUAAGAUUCUGAGUAGUACAAAUAGUGCAUAUUGGUUUUAAAAUGAACAUUGUUUUUUUAAUUAUAUGAUAUACAAAUCUUAUACUACAAAUUUUUUUGUGUGUAAUCAGUUAUCACCUUUGGUUAAAUUCGGUAAAAUGUUUUUAAUUUUUAAUGUGUAAGACUAGGUUCUUGUUAACUUUUUGUUACUAGAAUUAAAAAAAAGUUAAGUAUUAAUCCACAUAAAUUUCUUUUAGUGUUUGUAGUUCAAAUUAUGGCUUAAUUGGAUAUGCACACAUAAAAUAAUAACUUAUCCUUAAACAAUUUUUGUUAUUCUGUUGUAAUUCAAAAAAAAAAAAAUUAAAUAUUCACUUUGGAAACUGGUUGAUUUGUUGAAUUUUUAGGGCUGUUGAGAAAUGUUUAAAGAAUGAUGAAAUGGACUAUGACUUACGAGUGGCAGUAGUGGCACAGAACAUACAAUAGAUAUCUACUAUAUUGUCGUUAAUCUGCUGGAAUAUGAGUAGGUAUAGGUAAAUUAAUUCAUGUCCAAUUUACUCCACUUGUGGAUAAUUUAAGUUAAUAAAGACUGUCUACAAUAUAACUAUAGAUAGGUAUAUUUGCAAUAUAAUGUAGGUAGUAGGUACCUUUAGACUUCUUAGAGGAUGGCCCAGCAAAAUUUUAAUUUAAAUAAACCAUAACGAAUACUGUUUUUUAAGUACCGGUACAUUAUAAAUCAAAUUUAUAUAUUAAAAGUGUCUAAUUAUUUUAUGACAACAUAAUAAUAUACAAGGCCGUAUUACUGUUUGUUGUUUAGACUAUACGGCGGCAACAAUAUAGCAUAUUUUUUAUGAUGUAACACAAUAUCAUUAUUAAGUGUUCAAAAUAAACCACAGUCGUAGUUAUAAGUUGUGUAUAUUAUAUUAUAUUAUAUGAAUAUAUGAUUUAUUUUUUUAUAGUUAAUCGCACCCAGCUAAUGAACACUAGAACUCGUGUCUGAAUUUAACUUUGUAAAAUUAUAACAAUAUAACAAGUAUCAAGUAUUAUUGUUUAUAGGUAUUCGAUGUAAUGUAGGUAGGUAAAUAUCAGCAAUAAGUGAAUCCUGAUUCACCAAAUUUAUAGAACACUAUAGGAGUAGCCCACUAUAAGAAUAAUUAAUUAGAUGGGUGGAUAUAGUGUGUACUGAAAAUAGGUAUGAGUUAAUGAGUGCCGGAGUAUAUAUAUAGGCACGACAAUUAAUACUUAUCGGGCAUCGACCAUUCUGCACCUAAACCUAUAUUUCCCGUUCUGAAUAAUUGUUUAAUUGUUUAUUAACAUAGGUAUAAUUUAUUAUUUAUAUAAUAAUAUACUCGACACAACAGCAAAGACUUAAAUUACUUAGUAACAACAAAGUCAAACAACCAUUUAUUUUGUAUUUUGUACAACAUACUAAUGUAGAUAUCACUACCUAUCUUAUACUUACCUUUUUAUUUUAUUCCACGCAAUUAAUUUUUAUUUUCCAAACAGAGCUAUGGGUAAUUUAUCAUUUAGACAAAAAAAUAGCAGAAAAGAUAUGACGAUCGGUAAAACAUCGUCAUGUGGCCUUACCGAAUACUGGAACCAAAAGAGACAAGAUUUUAACGAUAUCUACUUUAAUAAUAAUAAUUGCCCACCAGCUGAAGCGUCGGACUUUCGUGUGACAACCAUUUUGGAUGAAGGAUCUUUUGGAUCUGUUGCAUUAACCACUCACAAUAUAACCGGUACAGUUCAUGCUACAAAAGUAAUUGCCAAAAAGAAAAUCGUUAAAGGUCAUAAUGUGCAGCGAAUGCUUAAUGAGAAACGGAUUUUGGAAUCAAUCAAUUUUCCGUUUGUAAUUCGUCUCGAGUAUUUCUACCAAGAUCACAGUUUCAUUUAUUUUGUCAUGCCAUUCGUUUGCGGCGGUAACAUUCACACGCACAUGAAACGAUACGGACCUAUGGACGAGUACAAAGCGCGGUUUUACUUCUCGGAAGUUCUGCUGGCCGUUGAAUACCUACACAAGUUGAACUUGGUGCAUCGGGAUAUCAAGCCCGAAAAUAUACUAAUCGACGUCAACGGACAUGCUCAACUCGCAGACUUCGGGUUUUGCAAACACAUAAAAGGUCGUACAUUCACGUUUUGUGGCACUGCUGAAUACUUGGCGCCAGAAAUUAUACUCAGACGAGGAUACGGAAAAGCGGUUGAUUAUUGGUCGCUCGGGGUUCUUCUAUACGAGAUGUUGGCCAACCGUUCGCCGUUCGUCGAUCGCGACACUGGGAAGCUGUUCAGUAACAUCGUGACUGGGGAGUACAGCUGUCCGUUGGGCUUCUCGGGCGAUGUGAUCAACUUGUUGCGGAACAUGCUCAAGGUGGACGUGACCAGGCGGUACGGGAAUCUGGCGAACGGCAUCCGGGACAUCAAGAAGCACAGGUGGUUCGGCGACAUGGACUGGUGUGAGGCGUUCGGUAGGCGCGUGACGCCACCGUACGUGCCUGUAAUCAGCGAUACCGUCGACACUAGCAACUUCGAGGCGCAACACGGCAAGCUGUUCUACGGCGCAAGCAAAGACAUGUUCGGUGACAUUUUCAAGGAUUUUUGAGAUCGUAAGAUCCAUUCCAGUUUGCCACCAAGGCGUCAAAAAAACAGCUAUUUUCAUGAUUUACGGACAGGGUAGUUGGAAAUCAACAGGCUUAUAGGUAAUAGGAAAUGACAAAUAAAAAAGAGUAGGUAAUAUUAUUUCGAAAUUAUUUAGCAAAUCGUGUAUAGAUAAGUACUGCAGACGUACAUUGUACUUUUAUUGUUAACCUUUUUUUAGCACUGUGAUUUUUAUAAAUAAAUAUUGAUAAAAGAAUCAAUACCACAAAAUGUAAUAUUUUUUACAAUAAAUGAAUAAAUAUCUUCUCUGCGUUUA